AUGUCCUUCGACUUCAACAACGGCGGGGGUGAUGCCUAUCUGGAUCUGACCUACGACCACCGGGAUCGCGCUGCCUACCAGUCAUACUCGACCGCCACAACCCACUCGAGUCCUUCGGCCGCCUCCAAUAUCAUGCCCAACAACGCUCGCAACUGGGCCGUUCCGCUCGACAUGGCCUCCAACAACUCUCACGGCCAUGCCUCGCUCAGUCCCGAGGAGCAUCAGUCUUCGCCUCUUUCCCAGUCCGCCAGCCCGCACAGCCAGCACUCGCCACUACAACAGUCGCCUUUCCAGCCGACCGCGAACCCCUUGACCGACUGGGCUCUUCAGCAACAGCAGCAGCAGCAGCAGCAACUGGCUGCUCCUGACAUGACCCAGUUCAUUCAAGAUGCGGCCCUCAUGAGCUUCAACCCAUUCCCCACCAGCUUCCAGUCGCCCAACCCCCUCGACUAUCUUCCCCCGACGACCCAGGCCGCUCUGCAGGCCAACCUACUUGAGUCGACAUUCAGCGCCAUGCCUACCAUGGACGACCCUACGCAAGCAGUUCAAUGGCCGAGCACCGGAAUGGAGAAUUGGCAGGAGUUCCAGAGCACUCUGCAGAUGGAUGGUCUGCCCCGUCUCGAUAGUGUUGGAAGCAACUCGCCUACCGGUACCUAUUUGGAGGUGCUAUCCCUUCCUUCGUCCUCAGGUGAAGGCUGGGCCAUGGUGGACUGGAAUCAGCCCAACUUUGACCAGUUCCAGCAGGCUCACGCUCAGGGCGCCGCCAUCUUCAACCCCUCCCAGACCCUCCACCUGAGGACUAACUCCGACUCUUCUGAUGGCGCCAAUUCCAUGGACUUUGGCAGCUUCGAGGAGAUCGCACCAUUCCCCUACUCUCCCUUCUCCCCCGAGUCGGACGGAUAUGUCGACGCUGGUAACCACCGUAACUGCUUCGCUGGUGAUGGUCACAACCACAACCACGACACCGUCGCCCCUGCCCCCGCUCCCGUGGCUCCCGCGCCUAUCAAGUCGGAGCCUUCGUCAAGCCGUCACAGCCCUGGCAGCGGCGCCGGAUCGACCUCUCCCCCCAGCAGCACCACCCGCAGGAACUCUGGUCCUCGCAAGAGCCCAAUUGCCAAGGCCACCAAGCCCGUUGUCCGUCGCAUUUCCAAUGGCAAGAAGGACGGCACUGUUGAGAAGAAGGUUGGCCGCAGAAAGGGACCCCUCUUGCCUGAGCAGCGAAAGCAAGCCAGCGAGAUAAGAAAGCUGCGAGCUUGCCUGCGAUGCAAGUUCCUCAAGAAGACGUGCGACAAGGGAGAACCUUGCGCUGGUUGCCAGCCUUCGCACGCUCGCCUGUGGCAGGUUCCUUGCACUCGCAUCGACAUCAAGGAUAUUGGUUACUUCAUGAAGGACUGGAAGGCCGAUUACGAGAGGCACAUGGACCGUGGCGUCUCUGUCUACAACGUCAAGGGUUUCGCCCAGAAGGAGACCCUCAUGUGGAUCACCCACGGCUAUGGUUUCGCUCUCCCUGUCAUGGUUCGCGAGGUCUUUGUCGCCGACGACAGCUGCUUCUCAGUUGACUGGGUUGAGUCUACCCUGACCGACCAGGAGCCCAUUGACUUUGAGACCCGCACUGAGAAGCUCGAUGUUGGAGCUGAGGGUAUCCGUCUCGAUGCUCUCUCCGAGUACCUCGACAAGCACAUUGAUGGCCCCUUUGAGGACUUCAUCGAUGACCACUUCGAGGGCACUCCCUUCAUCACUGAGAUCCUCAAGACUGCUCAUCGCUACUACGUCAAGGAGAAGAUGCCUGUCAUCCGCAAGGCGCUCAAGCUUGUCCUUGCCUACAACCUCACCAUGCACAUCACCAUGGUUGAGAACCAAGGAUCUGAGGUUAACCUGGACGGACAGAUCGACGACGAGGACUCCAAGUACUACGGCCGCACCGUCGCACCCGUCAUGAUCAACUUCCAGAUCAAGUGCGCCCUUGCCGACAUGUGGCGUGAGCUCCAGAAGGACAUCCUUGAGGAGCUCUCUGCCCUGUACUCUGGAGUCUACAGCGGUGAGAAGAUGAAGAACUGGCCUACCAUCUUCAUGAUUGCUUCCAUCCUGCUCGCCGUGUGGGAGGAGAUGCAGUUUGACUGCCACUACCGCGUCCCCGACCCCGUCGCCGUGAACAAGUUCUGUACCGACAUGGAGACCACCCCUGUUGGUGUGAUUGUGGGUCUCUUCCACGCCAUCUCCCAGAAGCUUCCUGCCUUCACCGACUGGGACACCCGCAAGCACGGCCACCUGCUUCACAACAACGUCUCCGUCUGCGAGGCUAUGACUGAAGUGCGACAGCAUGUCAUCAAGCACGAGGCCUAUCUCCGUACCCGCAAGGAGUCCAAGUUUGACCGAUACGACUUCGACUCCCUGUCCAACAAGUUCCUGUCCAAGCUUGUUAUCCGGGCCAACUAG